UUCGCGGGUGCCGGGGGAGCGCGGCUGAACGGCCCCGUGUGCAGGACGUGCUGCCGUGCCCACACCGGGCUCGGCUGUGCCGGGGGACUGACACUGGCCGUGUUUCCCUUGCUCCCCGCUUCCAGGCGGGCUCGGGCCCUGGUUUUGCCCGGUGAACAUUUGCCCGGUGCCGGCCGUGCUCCCCCCGUGCGAGCUCCCGGGUGCGGGAGCUCGGGCGGUGUCAGUGGCGCUUGGAAGCGAGCAGGACAUUUGCUUCCACCUUUGCCUCCUGUCUGUCCCCCUUCUUCUGCCCUAGCUGACUUUGCAUCCCCUCUGUGGUGCUGCUUGGCACGGGGUUUGCAGAGAUGUGUAACCCGUAGUGGAGAAUGCCUUUCCUUUCCAUGGUGCCUGAGGUGACUUGUGAAAUAGUGGAGCCUUGCUUAGCACAGAUCCCUUCAUUCUUUCUUCUUCACUCAAAGGAAGAGGAGACUCUUGGUCUUGAGUGGCAGCGUCCUCCAGCAGCCUUGGGGAAGAAAAGCAGCACUUUUUGUGCAGCCCCACAUCAGCAAAAUGGCACAAGGCACUUGUCUGUGUUUGACACUUCUCCACUUCUCCCAGCUUACAGAACCAUGUCUUUAAAUACUCUUCUCCCUGGAACCGUUGCAAAAACACCAUGUGUAGCAUCUAAAUAGUUUACAGAUAGCCCUUUUACUGAUGCCACAAAAUAGCUUUAAGAACACUUAAUUUGUUUUGCAACUUUGUAGGUCACAGAAUUCACAUGCCUUGUUUUAUACAGAGGCUCUGUUAUUCCUUGGAGAUCAGUAGUGGCUGAGGAUGAGAUAAUGGAGGGAUUUUGGUGCUUGAUUCCUGAAUGAGCAUUGGAAAUGUGGACUUCUGACUAUAGCUUCCCAAAGUUCCUGCUGCUGGAUCCUUUCUUUUAGCAUCAUGGUGCCCAGGAGCUUUCUUUGAGCUUCACCAUGCACUUCUCAGCCUGUGCCAUUGCUCCUUUUCUGGAACUAUUUUUUUUCAUCUCAUCCCAUUUCUCGUGCAGUGCAGCUCAUUGUGGGACUCCCCUGUGCAGAGCCCUCUUCUCUUUGUUGUUGGCUGCUUGUUGUGUGCAGGUGGAAAUGGAGAGUAGCCCUGGAGUAGCCUGCUCACCUAAAGGUGCUCUGAAAGCCAUGGAAGGAGGUGGACAAGAGUCUGACGGACUCAAGCAGUGCUGGGGGAAGUCCCUGCCAAAGGAUUGCUUUUCCUCUUGGUUCACAGACCAGUCCAGAAGAAGGAUGAGGAGAAGAGGAGACUCUGAAAACACACAAGUUGCAGCUGCUUGCUCUCUCCUGAAGCAACUUUGUGGCAGUUUUAUGGCAGCCUGUGUGGGUCCCACUUCAGCUGGGUCUGUGUGUGCUGCAGGACUGAGCUGCUUCAUUCUCUGCUCCUCACAUGUCCCUGCAGUAGUAGCUGUGGCACAGAGACAGCUGUGGAAAACUGCACUGCUCCUUCUUGCUAGGGAAACCCUGUGCUUGGAAGUUUUUCUGUGUGCACUGGGAGCUUUCUUGUCUUGUCUUCGUGAUGCCUGAGCAGCACAGUGGGAGCACGGCAGGGGAAACAGCUGUGCUUAGCAGUGACUUCUGACCUUUCAAAUACACUCAGUCAUCACACAGAAACAAUGAGCCACUGCUGUUUUACACUGAGUCUUGCCUUUUAUGCACCUGCCAGAUACCUGCACAAACCCUUUUAAUUUAUAUCUGCAACAGCUGGACUCACACAUGUCAAAUGAAAGCAAACUGCCUUUGAAGAAACCAGGAUCCAAGCAAUUUUCAAGGAAUGGGACAAUGGAACUGUCAGUAUCCUCAUUGCUGCAGGGUGGAGGUACUCUGUGGAGUGACUCUGUGGGAAAUAGAUUUCUUGAGUAUCACUUUUCACUGCAGUGAUUUUAGCUCAGAUUUUGGGUACUGUCUUCGUGCUCAGAACCAAGUCCUGAAAAAAGGAGUUGUAGAUGAGCAAGCAAACUCUGCCUCACUGAAGGAACAACUGAAGAUGAAGGAUCAGUCCCUGAGAAAACUGCAACAAGAAAUGGACAGCUUGACCUUUCGAAAUCAGCAACUUGCCAAGCGGGUGGAGCUACUUCAGGAUGAACUUGCAUUAAGUGAAGCUCGAGGCAAAAAGAACAAGAAAAGUGUAGAAUCCUCAUCUCAGCUGAGUCAAGAACAGAAAAGUGUCUUCAAUGAAGAUCUUCAGAAGAAAAUAGAAGAAAAUGAACGACUGCAUAUACUUUUCUUUGAAGCAGAUGAGCAGCACAAACGUUUAGAAGCAGAGCUGAGGAGCAGACUGGAGGUUUUGGAAACAGAUGCUGCCCAGCACCAAGCUGUGGUGGACAGCUUAACAAAGAAAUACACAGAGACCAUAGAAAAGCUGCAGAAUGAUAAAGCCAAACUAGAAAUCAAGUCUCAGACACUAGAAAGAGAAGCUAAGGACUGUAGGCUUCGAACUGAAGAAUGCCAGCAACAGCUAAAGAAUCUUCAAGCAGCUUUGGGCAGUAGACUGGAAGAAUCUCUAUGCAUAAUUAAUGAAAAAGUACCUUUUAAUGACACAAAUCAGCUGAAGUGCAGAGGAUCCCCUGGAGUUAGGAGUGCUCAGCCUUUGCAUGGCUUUGGUACAAGCAUGGGAUCUGCUCGAUACAAUGCUCUGAAUGUACCAUUGCACAACAGAAGGAAUCAGCUGAAGCUGCGAGACCUUGCUGGCCAGGCCCUGGCUUUUGUCCAAGAACUUGUAACAGCUCUCCUGAACUUCCACACAUACACUGAGCAGAAGGUACAGAUCUUCCCCAUUGAUUCUGCAACAGACACAAUAUCACCCUUGAAUCAGAAGUUCUCACAGUAUCUCCAUGAAAACGCUUCCUAUGUUCGCCCUCUGGAGGAAGGAAUGCUGCACUUGUUUGAGAGCAUCACGGAGGAUACUGUGACAGUCCUGGAAACAACUGUGAAAUUGAAGGCCUUCUCAGAACAAUUAGCUUCCUACUUAGGCUUUUUAAGAAAGAUUCUUCCUUAUCAGUUAAAAAGUUUGGAAGAAGAGUGUGAGUCUUCUCUUUGCACAGCUGCUUUAAGAGCUAGAAAUAUGGAGCUGCACAGAGACAUGAAAAGGUUGACUGCAGUCUUUGAGAAGCUCCACACAUAUGUCAGUCUUCUGGCCUUACCAAGUACAAGACCAGAAGGAGUCCUUAGGACAAAUUACAACUUUGUGUUUACAAACAUUGCUGCAAGUCUUCAUGGAUUCCAUGACAUUUUAAAAGAUAUUUCCAAGCACUAUAGUCAGAAAGCUGCUUUAGAACAGGAAGUUCCGACUGCCACACAGAAACUCAUAACUACAAAUGACUGUAUUUUAUCCUCUGUUGCUGCUUUAACAAAUGGAGCAGGCAAGAUGGCCUCGUUCUUCAGCAGCAACCUGGAGCACUUCAGCAGCUCGCUGAGCUACGGCCCCAAGGGAGGGGCAGAGUUCAUCAGCCCUCUCUCAGCUGAGUGCAUGCUGCAGUACAAGAAGAAGGCAGCUGCUUAUGUGAAGUCCUUGAAGAAGCCUUGUGCAGAUUCAGUGCCUUAUGAAGAGGCUUUAGCCAAUCGCAGAGUUCUCCUGAGUUCUACAGAAAGCAGGGAAGGUCUUGCACAACAGGUCCAGCAGAGUUUGGAGAAAAUUGCAAAACUUGAACAAGAAAAAGAACACUGGAUGUUGGAGGCUCAGCUAGCUAAAAUUAAGCUAGAGAAAGAAAACCAAAAACUGAAGAACUCUCUUAGUGGACAUUUAACUGAAACUAUCCAGGAGCAUUCAGUUCUGCCAAAUAUAGCAGAACAAAAGAAGGAAACCACAGAAAAGAGUCUGAGGGAACCUAUUAAGAGCACCAGUCUGGCUCCAGAUGGUGAGUCUCGUGAAGACCUGAUAAAAACUCACUACAUGGCCAGGAUAGCAGAGCUGACCUCUCACCUGCAGCUUGCUGACAGCAAAUCAGUGCACUUCCAUGCUGAGUGUCGAGCACUUGCCAAAAGACUUUCUCUGGCAGAGAAGUCCAAGGAAUCACUCACAGAAGAGUUGAAGCUCGCCAGUCAAAACAUCACCAGAUUACAGGAUGAAUUGAUGACAACAAAGAGGAGCUAUGAGGACCAGUUGAGCAUGAUGAGUGACCACCUGUGCAGCAUGAAUGAAACCUUGACCAAGCAAAGGGAAGAGAUUGAUACCCUAAAGAUGACCAGUAAGGGAAAUUCUAAAAAGAACAAGAAUCGAUAGUUUACAGCUGAGUCUUUGGAAGCUGCUGCUGCACAGGAUGCAGAUAGUGACCAUUCAUUAUCCAGUUCCUGUUUGUUCCAGGAAGCUGAGGCUGGUUUUGGGUCAAGUAAAAACUGAAUUGGUGCUGUAAAUGGCUUGAAAAUAUUUAGAACUUGUGACAGAUAAAACAGAACUUAAUGUUGGCUCUAAACCAGGAAAUACACACUCUGUGGAUAAUUUAUAUAGUAAUUACCUUCAGUUUUUACUGUGCACUUUUUAAAACCAGGUUUUGAUUUCACGUAACAACUUCAGAUUUUGUAUAUUUUCAAAUAUGUUUCUGCAUUAACAAAUUUGGAUUGGUGCAGUAGGUGUCUGUUUUUGAGUUCUCCAUUUAAUGGUCAGCACAUGUACAUUCCAUUACUUGUUAAUAACAGUUUAAAAAUGAGUUUGGAGACGUUUUUUGGCCAUGCAAGCUGUGCAGUUACUGUAAAUGUAUUACUCCUGUUCUCAGCCCUCUAGAAUUAAUUGGAAUUGUGGCUUGAAAUGAUUUUUACAAAUUCACCAAGUAAAUGGGAUCAUUGUUAGACUGCAACGGUGGAAACCUUUCCUGCUUGUGUUUGGCACUUUGGAUUUGGAGGUGAAGAGCACAAAUGGCUGAAUUGGGCUACUUCAGUGAAAUUGCUUUAAGGCAUUUCUGUAACAUUUUGUUUACAAAUGUAUGUAUAUAUAUAUAUUGGUUGAAAUAGCUGUUUAAGGCUAGAGGAAACUGUGAUUGUCAUUUGCCCCAAAAGAGUGAAACAAUGUGUGUAGAAUAGACCAGCUUACUGUGCUCUCUUACAGUAAAGAAGAAUAUGAAAUAUGUAGAAGAUUUAAGCACUGAACUUGCAAAAGAUCUUCAUGGAAUUGAGUUGUGAUGGAUUCACUGGGGGGAUGCACAUGGCUUUUCCUGUGUUUUCAGAAGUUUGUGAACUUUAGGCCUCUCCUAAGUUUUUUUUUAAAUUUUUUUCCAAGUGAAGUUUAAUAUCACAAGUUUUCACAGCAUUGAUUUGUUGUUGGAGGUGGGGUUUGUUUGUUUUGGGCUGGGUUUUUGUUUGGUUGGUUUUUUGGUUGUGUUUUUUUUGGGGUUGGU